UUUGUCAAUUAAGAAGAGCUCAGUGUUAAAGUGGGGGCGGGCAGAGUUCCUUCUAAUGCCUACACUGCAGCUGCUUAUUCAGCGUCCAAUCUUCCCAAUUAGUUUACAAAGAGCGGGCUGGGUCAAAUGCCGCUGAGGGAGUAAUGAUUUCUCUCUGACCCCGCUUUGGUGGGAGGAGAGCUGAACGAAAUGUCCCUGAGUAGUUUGGCCCUGGUUUUCCUUGUCUCUGUGCUGAUAUUGACAGGAGCCCAACCAUCUGCAGGGGCAGAACCAGAAACCUGUGGAGCUAUCUCUCUUUGCUGGGAAGUGACAUCUAGUCUCACAUCUGAGAGAAGGCAACUUUAUUUAAACAAUAACUGUGUCCUUGAGGCUGACAGAAAAUCUGGCUCCUGGUUUCUGGAGCCGAGAAUGCAGCACACUCUACGAUACUCUCUAUCGAACAAGUCAUCUACCUGGAGAAUCUACACCAUGUGUCCUCCACACCUCCUGGUGGAUUCCCUAAAUGGAAGUGGUGCACAAAUGUUUCCCAUCCCGUUUGCCAACUCGAAAAUCAAAGACUCUGACCAAAGCUUCCAGUUCCAAAGGAGCAUCAAUCUGGGCUGUCAGGGAGAAGUGUUUCACAUCUCUGAGGCAGAUGGUGUAGCUCUGGUAUUAGUUCGUGCUGCCGAAUUCCCCUUGAAGAUCACUACAGUUAGCACUGCUCUGAGUCUCUCUUGGGGUUUCAGAGACUGUUUCCUUGAGGGUUCACCUUGCACCCUUCUGUUGUUCGACGCGAGUGGCAACAAUGUGUAUCGAGAGACUGUCCGAGAUCAGACCGAUGAAAAAAUCCAAGCCCUAACACCAUGUGAAUGUUACACGUCAUGUUUGACUAUUGCAGGGCAGCAUGAUAUCUGUGCUGCAAGCAUUACAGACCCUAUGCCACCUAGUAACUUAACCAUAAUCAGUUCGAGUGCUCAUAGCCUUACUGUUUACUGGGACAAACCAGCUUUUGGAAGCUUUGACUGGUUCCAACUUGACGUCCACUUGCUUGGACGGAGGGGCGAGGUCGCUAAUCCAUUACUUCAGUCUUACAGUUUGAUACAAAGUGGAACAACAUUUCUUAUUGAUGGACUGCCAGCUUGCCUGAAAGUGAACGUUUCUCUCGCAUCUGUGUGUGAAGUGGUUGAGAUGAAGAAAAGCCCAGAGAUCUUUGUGGUGGCAAAUCUAGCUCCUGUGAAGUUUGUAAAAGUUACUCAGACAGCUGGUUCCACUGAUGGUUAUGUCGUGUCCUGGUCCGUGACAGGCGAUCCAACAGAAAUAUUCUUCUAUGUUUACAAAAAUGGAGCCCUGCAAUGUGCCCAGAAACAGAUGGAAUACAUUUCAACUGGGCUCCAACCUUGUACCCAAGAGAUACUAACAGUAGAGGCUGUUUGUAGGACUGGUGCAGUGGCAGACUCGAGAACAAUCACUGUGGCAACAGCUCCUGAAACAAUCACUGAUUUGUUCUACAAGCGAGCUGUUGAUGGAGGCUUUUUCUCCUGGAAACCCCCACCAGUAUUUCAUGGUGUUUCUAUCAGCAUUGUUAACACAUUAACAGUUUUCACCAGGAAGAAUUAUUACCAAGUGCUGGGCUUAGAAUCUUGCACCCAAUACCAGUUUGUGUUUGAAGUAGUCUGUGGGCACUGGAGGAGUGAAGCUAUCACCAGGACUGAGUUCACAGGUUGUCCUGUAGACAUCCCGCCUUCUGGUUAUAGAAGCAUUGUGGUGCUGCCAGAAACAAUACAUGUCCACAUUUACUUUCCUUGGAUGUUUUCUGAUUACAUGAAUGAUCCGACUUCUAGAGCAUACGUAAAGCUGGCAACUAUUGCUAAUUCCAAGAUUCUGCAGUUAUUCCUGGAUUCUGGUCAAUUCUCCAGCGUAGAAGUAGAGAUGUUGUACUUGUCAAAAAGCAAUGAUACAGUUGAGAUGAAUGUUGCAGUGGGUGUCCACUUCAGUGACCCCACCUCAAGCCUUAUGCAUCUCUUGUCCGGUGUGAAUCACUCUAAUGUGUAUCCAAUGGGCAGUGGACUGUUCUGGAAAGAUGAGGAUGAAUGUGCAAAUGCUACAGCUAAUGAUUGCCCAGUGGAAUCAGACUGCAUCAACACGUUUGAUUCUUUCACAUGCGUUUGUCAUCAAGGAUACUUCGAACCCAGUGGACAUGAGAGAGCUUGUAAAGAUCACGGAGUAUUCACAAGGUGUGAACCAGAUUUAAUGAAAAUAAUUGUGUCAAAAGAAUAUUUGGCAGAUCAGUUGAAGUCCGGAUUGAAUCUGGUCUUGAACGAUGGUAGCUGUGCUGUCAAGGAAGGGCACGAAUACUACACCUUUACAAUCACUGAAAAGCAGGAUUACUGUAGAGGACAGCUGCUGAUAAAUGAGACACACAGUAUAUUUAAACAUGUCAUCACUAAUGACUUCCAUUCUGAUUUAAUAAUCAGAGAAGAGCCGUUAAUAUUUGAAGUGAAAUGUGCCUAUCUACGUCAAUCCUUGGUGAAUAUGCCUCUGCCAACUCCCCCACACAUCAGGAUUUUUAAGCCCAUCGUGCAGUACCAUGAAGAAAAACUCCAACUCACUAUGACCCUCUACAAAGACCAUACUUUCUCGCCUGAUGCUGCUUAUGGUGCAAGCCCAGUGAUUUGGCUGAAUGAUGAUCUCUAUUUGGAGGUCAAAUCCUCUGGGGCUUUUGGCAUUGCGUUUGUGCUGCAAGUAACUUCGUGUUGGGCAACGACCACACCUGACUCUCAAGAGAAAAGGAAAUUCCACUUCCUUCAGGAUGGCUGUCCUAAUGAUGAGACCUUCAGAUGGCAUUCUGCAAAUGGAGCUUCCAAUAGUAGUCGCUUUUCCAUCAAGAUGUUUCACUUUGUUGAGGUAGCAAACCACCCCAUCUAUCUUCAUUGUCAAGCCAAUAUCUGUCACGCUGGGGCUGCUGAUUGCUUAGUGGAAUGUUCCGCUGAGCAGAUUCUUAAAAGACUAAGACGGGAUGUAUUGGCAACAGGCUCUAAGCCAGUGAAUGGGAUUGUCUCUGUUGGACCCAUUGACCUGUGGAGUACAACUGAAAGUGGGGCUUUAGAGCUGGGAGCUGCAGCAACAAACUGGCGAGACUUGAAAGUACUCCUUUCGUUAGCUGGUGGGAUAAUAGGAAUGAUGCUGCUGAUGCUUGCAGUUGCUUUAAUGAAACAGAUUAUAAUUCAAAAAACACGGUCCAGAAUUGCUCAUUGCUUGAUUUGAAUGACUGGCAAUUUCUGCUGUUUUAAAAGCAGCUCUUGGAACCUCAACCUGUUUAAAUUUGGAUCUACAUAUCUAUAAUGCUGUGUUAAAAUAAAGGAGAAUGGAUUGUGCUUUUCUGUAUUGUGUGUUUCCUGCCAACUAUGUAU